AUGACAAGACACAAGCACCAUAGUCACAAGCCAGCCCGAGCACAGGAAGUGGCAGCGCCAAUAGAUUCGCCCAGCACUCCUCCCCAUGCUCAGAGCCUCGAAAGACCAACAGCGAGCUCAUCGACUUCUGAGCCAGCGCACAACGACACCCAGAGCCAGGCCCGGAAGACGAAAUGGCAGGCUGUGAGACCGUGGAAGCCGCCAGUUGAGGGCGCCACGUCAGAGGAAGGCGAAAGUGCGACGUCCUUUGCGCCGGACUGUGCUUUGCCCAGCACUCCACAAUCCGCUCGGUUCUUGCUGCAAGUCAUCGAUGUCACCUCAACUGCAGUCACCGUCGCACUCUCGCCCAACACUACUGGUACGGAAGAUUCAGCCACAGUCGAGCUUGAUGAUAUGCCUACCAUGUCGAUCAAGCUAGACGGCGUGCACUGGCCUCACGUGUUCUACUCGGGCACGACCGACGGCUCUGCCCAGCAAAGCGUCAUCGUCAUCUUUGGUCUGUCGCCUGGCAAGACCUACGACAUCGAUGUCACCAUCUUUGAGCCCAGUCAGACCGCUUCCGGCGAUAGAAGCACAGAUGAGCUGGAAGCAUCGGAUGAUGCCGUCGAAGAAGAUAUCGCUCAGGCGUCGCGCGACUCACUUGUCUCGACGACAUCAUCUGCAGAAGCAGCAACGGAAUCGCCAAGGACAGACGAGUCGGGCUCACACGAGCACGAGGAAGACGCCCCACCGCCGUACUCUUCACACGAUCCCAUCAGUCGAGGGGGUGAAAGUGCAAGCGAAGACGAUCUGAGAGCUCUGCUGAAGAAGGAGCGCCUAGCUGCUCGUCAGGCUGAGCAUCAGCUGCAGGCAUCCAUCGCGAGUCUCAAACGCACUCUCGAAAAGGCAAACAGAGACGAUACGAGAGCGCGCUCGCGGAUUGCUACCCUUGAGAGCGAAGCCAUAAGACUCAAGCAUCUCGGGGAAGACGAGACCUUGCAAGCAGAGGCAAUACAGGCUGAUCAGCACGAGGUAGAGGAGAAACGCGCGAAAGCGGAAGCAGAUGUGGCAAAGGCAAAAAUGGAGCUCGACGAACUGGACAGAUUGGCCAGGGCCGAACAGAGCGAACACGAGAGCACGAUGACCAGUAUGAGAGAACGGCUGUACGAUCUCACUGCACGCGAGGAGGGCCUGCGUUCCGAGAAGCAGAGAUGCGAACGGGACAUCUUGCCCGAGCUCAACGCUAAGCUAUCGAGACUGAACUACCAGCUAGUCAGCCUCGAGGAGGAUCCAGCAUCGGUCUUCAGGGACCAGUCCUUCUCUGAUCAUUCGGCCUUUGCGCAAGCCUCCCUCCACUCACAUUUCAAUGUUAAAACUCAACACGACCCACAUGCAACCGGUCAGCAUCAUCUCGAGCGCCAAACUCUGACAGGCAAUCGCAAACGCAGCGGCAGUCUAGGCAAAGCCAAGCCGCCAUUGCCACAUACUUCAGUCACUAUGCAGGAGCGAAGUGUGCCCGGCCUCUCCCGGCAUUAG